GGAAGACAUGUAUCACAACAAACGUGAUAAGAAGGACGAGGAGGAGGUGUCGGCGAAUCCGUUCGCGAAAGUGCAGAAGACAUCAGCGCUUCAAGAGUGCCGUGUAUUCAACGAAACGCCGGUCAACGCCCGCAAGUGUGCACUCAUUUUGACCAAAAUCUUGUAUCUUAUAAACAGUGGCGAAACGCUGUCCACAACUGAGGCGACCGACGCCUUCUUCAAUAUGACUAAACUCUUCCAAUCGAAAGACACGACUCUUCGGCGUCUCGUUUACAUCGGUAUCAAAGAGUUGUCGAAAGUGGCGGAGAAUGUAUAUGUGGUGACCAGCAGUUUGACCACCGAUAUGAACGCCAAAGACGAUCAGUGCAGACCCGCCGCCAUGAGAGCUCUCUGUCAGAUCACAGACGCCACCACUUUUCAGGGAAUCGAGAGGUAUAUGAAACAAGCGAUUGUCGACAAGAAUCCAGCGGUCGCUUCGGCAGCUCUGGUCUCAUCCCUACAUCUGACCAAAACGAUCGCCGAUGGAGUGAAGCGUUGGGUGAAUGAGGCUCAAGAAGCGGUCAAUUCGGAUAAUAUAAUGGUUCAAAACCACGCGUUGGGUCUCUUGUAUCACAUCCGCAAAACAGACCGAUUGGCUGUCACUAAACUGGUGACCAAAUUCAUCCGAUCGGGUCUCAAAUCUCCGUACGCUUUGUGUCUUCUCAUACGUAUUGCCAGCAAAUUAAUUGAAGACGAAGACUGCGGUCCGGAGAGUCCGUACUUCGAGUUCAUUGAGUCGUGUUUACGGCAUAAGUCAGAAAUGGUUGUCUACGAAGCGGCCAAUGCUAUCGUCAAUCUUCAGUUCACGUCUCAGCGCGAACUCAAUCCCGCCGUUUCUGUCCUCCAGUUAUUCCUGUCGUCUCCAAAACCAACCCUACGUUUCGCUGCCGUCCGGACUCUAAACAAGGUAGCGAUGAGUCACCCCAACGCUGUCAUGGCCUGUAAUGUCGACUUAGAGAACCUGAUCACCGAUUCUAACCGCUCGAUCGCCACUCUGGCCAUCACUACACUCCUUAAGACAGGUAAUGAGAGUUCAGUCGAACGCCUUAUGAAACAAAUCGCAUCGUUUAUGUCGGAAAUAUCGGAUGAGUUCAAGAUAGUAGUGGUCGGAGCGACCCGACAGUUGUGCCAGAAGUUCCCGCGAAAGCACAACGUUAUGAUGACAUUCCUCUCCACAAUGUUGAGGGAAGAGGGAGGCUAUGAAUACAAGAAAUCCAUUGUCGAUACCAUUAUAUCGAUUAUAGAAGACAAUCCAGAGGCCAAAGAAGCCGGUUUAGCACAUCUCUGCGAAUUCAUUGAGGACUGCGAACACACGGGUCUUGCCGUCAGAAUACUGCACCUCUUGGGCAAAGAGGGAACCCGUACUUCGAAUCCAUCGAAAUAUAUCCGUUUUAUAUACAACCGACUGAUCCUAGAGAACGCUCAGGUGAGGGCCGCCGCCGUCUCCUCUUUGGCUAAAUUCGGCGCUCAUUGUGAAGAACUGUUGCCUCAAAUACUGGUGCUGUUGGAGAGGUCGACGUUAGACACUGACGAUGAAGUGCGCGAUCGGUCCACAUAUUAUCUCAAUGUCCUGAAGCAGAAGCAAAAGUCACUCUAUCUAUCAUUCAUUAUAAAUCCACUUCAGGUCUCGAUUGUGGGCUUAGAGAAGGCGUUGCAAUCCUAUCUCUUGGAUACUUCCCAAUCAGACGUUCCCUUUGAUAUUAAAUCAGUACCACUUUCUACCACUCCUCUCAUGUCCGACGAAUUGGUCAAAAAGACAAACGUCAACAACAGUUCCAAUAAUGUCAACAACCAAUUGAAAGCUACGGGAGAGAAGAUCGCGGCCACACGUCAAGACAUAUACGCCGAACAAUUGGCUGCAAUAGCGGAACUCAAUUCACUAAAAUUGGGUCCAAUUAUUAAAUCUUCUCUUCCAAUAGAGUUGACUGAAUCUGAAACAGAAUAUGUCGUCCAAUGUAUUAAACAUAUAUUCAAAAGUCAUAUUGUAUUGCAGUUCGACUGCACUAAUACUUGUAACGAUCAGAUGCUAGAGAAUGUCAACAUCUCGUUACAGGUGCCCGAAGGCUUCGAAAUAGUGGAGAGAGUCGAGUGUCAGAAACUGGUUUAUAACAUUCCCGGAACCGCUUAUGUCUGUCUAUUGGUGGCAACCGAUGACAUAAACCUCUUUUCGACCACAUUUUCAAACGUAACGCUUAAGUUUGUGGUUAAAGAUUGCGAUCCAAACACCGGACAAAUACUCGAUGAGGACGGAUAUUCUGAUGAAUACGUGUUGGAAGACGUGGAUCUAUUGGUUGCCGAUUAUAUGCAGCGCAUAAUGAAACCCAAUUUCAUGAGCGCUUGGGAUGAGAUGAGCGCCGAUUGUGAAGUGGAGGAGACGUACGCGCUCUCCAACUUCAAGACCAUAGAGGAGGCCAUCAAAAACAUAGUGUCAUUCAUGGGAAUGCAUGCCUGCGAUCGAUCCGAUAAAGUGCCCGAAGGCAAGAGCUCUCAUACGGUGUAUUUGUCGGGCAUUUUCCGCGGUGUGGAUGAAGUGCUGGUGAGAGCGAAGUUAGCGCUUUCGGCCAACACUGAUGGCGUCACUAUGAAACUGACGGUCCGCUCACAAAACGAAGAAGUGGCGCAAUUUAUUGCAUCAGCCAUUGUCUAAGUGAACAAUACAAGUGGUCGACCAACCGGUACACCAUUUCCAGUGCAACCAAUUCUUCUAUUAUGUCAUACAAUACACACUUGUAUUGAAUAAUUAAAAGCAUUGCUUCACUUAAACAUUAAUGUAUUUUCUGAUUAAGUUAACAAUUGGUUGAUAUUUUUUGUCAACAAAGAGUCGAUUAUAUGUUUUAUUGAUUAAAGUUUUUAUUUAUAAACAAUUCAAAUA